AUCUCGGGUGCGCGUGAACGCGCCCGGUGUGUGAGACGAGCUCGAUACAAGUGCGCAACGCGUAACAUAAGAUACGCUCCGAGCUCUCCUUGUGCGCCUUCCCCAGCAACAACCUUUAAGGAUUAUUCUGUUUUUCCUCUUGCCAUUCGUUUGGCCUCCCUGGAGAUACUUUGCGUGCAUCAGAUGCGUUUCCAGAUCCCGCGGAGAGAAGUGGGACAUGAUCACACCGCCUACGGAGUCUGCUGUGUUUAGUGUGGCUGAUCUAGUGUGGGACAAGAAGCGAGACCGUCACCCGUUCCUGCACUUACUGCCUCCCGCGGACCCACAGCGCCAGGCGAACCGCGUGCCCGUCAAAGCGUUGAAGAUGCUGAGCGCGCGCACCGGACACAUCCUGCACCCGGAGUAUCUGCAGCCGUUACCGUCCACUCCCGUCAGUCCCAUCGAGUUGGAUGCCAAGAAGAGUCCCCUCGCCCUCCUCGCACAAACGUGCUCCCAAAUCGGGAAGUCAGAUCCGCUGUCCUCGUCCAAACUCUCCGCAGUCGCCUCGGACAAAGACUGCAAAUCCAGCCCGCUGAAGAUCAGCGAUAUCUGUGGCGAGGACAAAUCCAGUUUCAAGCCAUAUGCCAAAUCGUUGGAGAAAAAAGACACGGGUGGCGAUAAAUCCGGUUUCCGUGUUCCGAGCACCUCCUGCCGGCCGGUCACGCCUCGGAGCCCGAGCUCCUGCAGCUCCGUCUCUCCUCAACCCGGACGGCCGGAAUCAGGGGAUAAACCAGGGAAGAAGGAACGUGACGCAGCUAAAACGCCGGAUACACCCGGGACGAGAACCGAGAGCAACGGCGAGACCAACAAACAGGAUGUUUCCAAACCGCCCGCAUCCGACAGCAUCCCAGCGUCAUCCGCUCUCGGAUCGGGACUCAUCGCACCGGUUUCACCUUACAGGCCGGGCCACACCGUGUUCCCCAUCUCCCCGGCCGGACUACACUACCCCGGGGCGUACCCCGCCUACUCCCAACCCUUCCUAUCCCACAGCGUGACUCUGGACCCGAGCAAAACGGGCGGAGGCAGCCAGUUGAUUAAUGCUCAGCUGUCCAGCGCUCUCAGCAGCAAGGCGGGGUCCAGUCCCCUCGCCGGAGCGUCUCCUCCAUCCAUCAUGUCCAGCGGUCUGUGUAGAGACCCGUUCUGCUUGAGCUACCACUGCGCUAGCCAUCUAUCACCCAGCGGCUCUCACGACAGCGCAGCCUCGGCCUUGAAGUCCGGAUACACUCUUAUGUAUCCCAGCCACCCCCUGCACCCGUUAUCCGCCUCUGCACCUUCGUUCCCGGGACACCCGGGACACCCGUUAUACCCAUACGGCUUCAUACUCCCAAACGAAUCCCAGCCGCACCUUUGCAACUGGGUUUCUGCAAACGGUCCGUGCGACAAGCGCUUCUCGUCCUCGGAGGAGCUUCUGAGCCAUUUGCGGACUCACACUGCCUUCGCGGGGGCAGAGAAGCUCAUGUCGGGAUAUCCCAACUCUUUAACCAUGGCUUAUCAUGUGCCAGGAGCCCCGCUGGCACUCAGGACCCCUCAUCACACACUCGGACUCGGCACACGGUAUCAUCCCUACUCCAAAAGCCCGUUACCAACGAGCACGGCGCAGAUGCCGGUUCACACAGCCACCGGCCCGUUUUACUCUCCUUACACUCUUUAUGGACAGAGACUGACCACUGCACCUGGACUCGGAUACCAGUGAGGAACGGAUUUGCUUAAGUGUUUUCAUUCGCCUCAGGACCUACUAUUGUCCAUUUAUUUAUUAAGCAAACUAAAUAAAACUAAGACUCCCAUGGCUUUA